UUCAAACUAUUCUUAUUCGCACUUUGACGUGAGUUUCUAUUUUCUUAUGGUAGUUUCUGUUUAUAAUAAUAAAAUAUUUAAAGUAAAAAAAAAAAAAUUAAAUUUUCUAAUGAAGUGUUUACUACCACAACUUAAAUGAAUAUCGGGCGUUUUUGUAUUUGCAAAAUGGGUAUUUUCCGAAAUACGAGGUCUAACUAAGAAGUAGUAACAAGUGGAAAUUGAAGUGAUAUCUUAAUAUUUUAAAAAUUUAGUUCCUAAUUAAAAAAUAUAAAGCAGUGCAUAAAAAGUUGAAAUAAAUAAAUGAAAAAUUAAUGUACAUAGCUGACAUGAUUGAAUGUUUCAAACAAAACAAAAAUCCAGCGUUAAAGAAUGUUCUUGCUGAUAAUAAGAUAUAUUAUUCAACAAAGUGUCAAUUUUAACCAAUUAAAAUUCGAAAUGAAAAUUUAAAAGUUUCGAAAAUGAAAAAUUUAAGAGUUCCCCGCUGAGAGAUACCACCUUAUCAUAUUUCAUUAAAUCAAUAAAAAAAAAAACUAUGAGAUCUCGUUUUUUUGGAUAUUAUUGCACAUGAAGCUGGGAUAUUCAUCACGUAUGAGAAUGCAAUUAGCUGAAUAUACUGUAGAAUUUCCAUAGAGAACAGAGUACAAUUAGCACAAGUUAUGGCAGAAGAACAUCAUCGGUGAAAUCCACUGCACUGCGUCCAAUGUUGUUUCAGUCCAUCCUCAGCUCAUGGAGCGGGUGAAAUGAGACUCAAGUGGACAAGUGGCAACAAUUCUACGGCAUCAGUUACGAUGUACGAGAACUCUUGUUCCUACCAGACGGCACUGGACUUGAAACGAAUUUCGCCCAGCUUAGCUCAAGUGAAGACCGAAGAUUGCUUUGGAUUGGGACAAUGUUCGCCAGAUUGGACAUCAUAUCGAUUCCAUCAGUCCACAUUCGAACAGCUGAAACAGAGUGUGGAAAAAGCGAAAGCAGCAUUGCAAGACCGAACGAGCUUCUUUGGAGCGUCUAGUGCUUUUAGUGACAUUUAUUCAACCCAACGACUGACAGAUUCAAUAGAAUCAUCUGCCGGUGCAUCAAAUGUUAAUAAUAGUAGUAGUACAAGUUGUAUAGGAUCUUCCGUCAAUAAUGCAGUUAGUUCAACAAGUUUAGCUUUAAAUGGUGGCAAUUGUACGACAACAUCGGCAGCGACAGUUCAACGAUAUCGUCUGGAUCCAGUGACACAACCAGCUGGAUGUUCGCCAUCAUCCAAUUCAAUAGCUUCCGGGCCAGUGCCGCCGCCGCCGUCAUCAUCGACGUUGGCAUCAGUUGCCACAUUAGAAGGACCAUCUGAGACAAAGUCAAGAACAGAAAAGUCCUCGUCAGGAUGUUCGACAACCCACGGAUCUUCAGAUAGAAGUUCGAGUAAAUGUAUAUCAGAUUCAUCUUAUAAAUCAUCGUGGGGAUCACAUAGUACAUCUCAAUCACAAGGGUACAGCUCAAAUGGAUUGAGCUGUGUUGGUGUUAAUAAAUCAACGCUGGACCCACACACGCAUUUAAGACAGCCCGAUCCAUAUCAAAUGUUCGGUCCGACCAGCAGCAGACUGGCAAGUUCUGGAUCCGGACAAAUUCAACUGUGGCAAUUCCUCCUUGAACUGUUAAGUGAUUCUAGUAAUGCGGGCUGCAUCACAUGGGAGGGUACCAAUGGUGAAUUUAAAUUAACCGACCCCGACGAAGUUGCUCGACGAUGGGGUGAACGAAAAUCAAAGCCCAACAUGAAUUACGAUAAGCUGAGUAGAGCUCUAAGGUAUUAUUACGAUAAAAAUAUCAUGACAAAGGUCCAUGGCAAGCGUUAUGCAUACAAAUUCGAUUUCCAAGGAUUGGCAGCUGCAACACAGCCAGCUGCAAGUGAUCCAACAUACAAAUACCAAAGUGAUUUAUUCAUGACUCCAUAUCACCACAGUGCAAAGCUGAGUUCAUUUAUGAGCCCGCAUCACGGUAUGACAUCAUCCUCAGCUUCAAUAUUUCCAUCAGCAGCAUCAUGGGGCAACUGGGGCAAUCCAGCAACGAAUUUGUAUCAGCCCCAUUCAAUGAGUCAUGUUGGCCCAUCACAUGUGGCACCCCAUUUGAGCUCAUACCCUCACUAUGCAUGACCAUCAUCGUCAGGGGGUGGAUUUUAAAAUCAUCAUCUUCAUCAGAAACACCACCACCAUCAACACCAUAUAAACACAUACACUGGCACCACAACACCACUAACUUGAAAAUGGCAAAAAGCAUCAUUCACCAACCACUCCAUCAAUAGGUUUAAACACCCACCCAACUCAAGGCCCCCCAAAGUUGAGUGUAUUGAAAGUGAUGCGGCGCUAUGUAUUCAAUGAGUGUCGUCUGCAUAGAAUAUAAUCACACACAGUCGAUGUUGUUGUUGUUAUUAUGUUAAACCUCCCCCUCGCUCGUAGGAUUUCACACAAUCACCAAUCUCUUCACACUACCACCACUCUCACGCAAACAUGACAGGUUCGACGCCGCGCCAUACUGCUCCACUUUAAUUAUUAUUUUUCACAAAAAAUGAAAUUGAAAAAAAAAAUUCUUUUCAAAAAUGAUUUUAUAACAAAAAAGCGGAAAAAAAUAAUUCCCUCCAUUCUCUCUGCUCAAUACAACAACCCAACUCCAAUUUCAAAAAACCCACCAUUGCUGUGCUGCCGUGUCGUCGUCGCCGGUGUUGGUGUCACAUCAAUGGCGUCGAAUAGACCGAAACUCUGAACCUGUAGAAAAAAAAAACAAAAAACCGAACUCCUACGAAUUGAUUUUUGUACAUAGAUACCAC